AAUUGUACAAUUUUUAGAUUUUAUGCCAUGUAUUAUGGAUGGAAAUUCACAUUGUGCUUCAUCGUUGAUCAUUCACAGUGACAAAUUGUCCAACUUUGUUCAAGAAAAGUCAACAUUAGUCAAUUUCAGGCCACAAGAAAAAGAGAGCUGGCAAAAAUGGACACCAAAAGAAAAUACAAAAGAUUUCUAUGCUGUAUGCCCUCCUCUUGAUAGCUUUAUGUCACUGGAAAAAUCUGAUGCUGUGAAGCAUUUAUGGAAUAGUUUUGAUCGGGGCGACAUUGUUGUUGUCAGAGUUUCUUCAAUAUUUGGUAAUGGCUUAAACGUGAAUUUGCUCUCAUUUGAUGCAGGAAAAUCAAGAGAACUGGAUAAAUAUAAAAUAGAUGCCUGGUGCUCUGUUUCAGAAAUUCCCAAAGUAACAAAUCACGAGGAUGUUCUUUUGCGUUUUAGCGUUGGGGAUAUUUUACGAUUGUGCCAUAAUUCAUGUAAAUAUAGAAAGGGGAAAGUUGAACCAGAGAAUUUACCACUCGCUUACCAAAGACAAGUUUCUAUGGAAGACUCUUAUGAAGAUGUUCUUUGUAAAAGUGUUGGUUUUGUCAAUCCAGGUUGUGUGGGAUAUUUGAUGUCUCGUUUAUGCAUACCUUCACAAAGUUAUAUUUCGAUUACGAAAGCAUUGCAUAGCAAACGAUAUAUGAAAGAAGACUAUGCUGAUCAUUUGCGAAAAAGGCAAAGCAGAAAAGUUGCUGAUGCCAGUGUUAAAAAGGGCAUAAAGAAAUUCAAGUCCGAAAAUUACAUUGAAGCACUCCAGGAUUUUAACUAUGCAUUGGACAUGGAUACAGAAAAUGUGGAUGCAUUAGUAGCGAGGGGUGCAUUGUAUGCAAAUCGUGGUACAAUGUCUCGUGCAAUCCAUGAUUUUGAAGGUGCCUUAAAGAUUGAACCAGACCACAAGAAUGCGAAGAAGUAUCUUGUUGCAGUGUUGAUAGACCGAGCGAAGCAAAUUGGAUCUCAGAUGCAUGACAUAAACCAGGUUAAAGAAGUUGAGAAGUGUUAUCUAAAAGCCUUAAGUCUAGAUCCAAAUUGUAAAGAAGCAAGACUGGCCUUAGAUAAAAUUGCAGAGGAAGACAAAAACGCUGAAAAAGGUUCUGAUUCUGGCUCAUCAAGUGAAACAGAAAAAUAUGCAGCUGCCGCUCGUAAAUUAAAGAAAAUUUUGAAAACAGAAUCAAGCAUAAAAAAGAAACGAAUUAUCUAUUCUUCAUCGUCUUCUUCAAGCAGUGGAACUGACUCGGAGGAUACCAGUUCACGUGGUAAAAGGAGAUCCUCUCCAAAAACUAAAAGUAUGGCAAAUAAAUAUAACAGUCAAUUACCUAAAGAAAAAGGAUCCAUGUUAAAACGAAGACAUUCUGAUGUUCCCAGGGCUAUCAUUCAAUCCAAUGUAAGAAAGAAUAACAGGAGAAAUGUUGAAAGUAGGAGGUCGUUUGAUGCAAACAACCAACAUAAUAAGAGACCUCAAGCAAAUAUUCCAUCUACAAAUUUAACAAAAGUAACUAAAGAAAAUUUUACAAAUAUUUUAAAGGAAAUAUCCAAAUUUGAAGUUCAUCACAAGUCAUGAGCAAAAUGUAUAAAAAAUGAAAUGCCCAUUCAGUUUGUUAGAAUGUUGCAUGAAACUGUUGUGUAGAUUUAUGUACUGGUAUGUACGAGCCGCUGCUUUGUAUAAGAUAAAAAGAUAUGAUAAUUUAUUUUUAAA